UACUCAAUUAAUUUACUCAAAUGAAAGUAAUUAAGUAUAUAUAAAUACAUCUACUCCAGAAAUUUUUUCGUAUUUAUAAUCAACAUAUAAAAUGCGCUUGCGUGCUGUUUCCAUGUGAAAAGUUUUUUCUGACAACUCCCUUCACGACAAAUUAAUUUUCAAAAAAUAAUUUAAUUGAUGCAAAAAAAUGGUGAGUGUCAAUAAAGAAAUAGUUGAUGAAUUACGAGAAAAAUAUUUAAAGGUUAGAAAAUUACUUGAUGAACCGCAAGAUGACCAUCCCGAGGGACCCGAUUGUAAAACAAAAAAUAAAGCCGUGGGAAUAUUAAGAGAAAUGCAAAUGAAGCUCGAAAAUGUAAUUAAUAACUCAGCUGAUCAAAACAUUGAAGUGAUUGGUAUGCUGUCAAUCGUUUGGUUGAACAUAGGAAUAAUUUUGAUAGAUAACGAAGAAUUGAAAGAAGCUGAAGAUAAUCUGAUGCGUUCAGUUGAAAUUUUAAAAGGUCAUGAAUUGGAAUCUGAAUGUAUUUUACCUUCUCUCAGUACAUUCAAUCAAUUAGGCAUAAUCUGGUUCCAGUGGGGUGAGUACGAAAAGUCUAAAGCAUUCGUUGAGAAGUCUGAAAAGGUUUACCAGGAUUUCAAAAGCAUCCAACCGGCGCGUGAGCCUCGAGGUAUGUCUGAUUUAUUUGGCAUUGACAACAGUGAAGAACCAACUCCCAAAAAUGUUUUGGAAAAAUUACAUACUCUGACUCUGUACUACAUCGCGCAGAUUUACGGCAUUUGCAAGGAUCACCAGCGUGCUGCCUUUUACUGUCACAUGACACUGCAGAGGCAAUUGGAGCUCGACGACCUCGACUACAUCGACUGGGCACUGAAUGCCGCAACCUUGUCACAGUUUUUCAUGGAACGUAAACAUUUUUCACAAGCUCGCCAUCAUCUAGCAGCUGCUUCUCAUAUUCUUAAGAUCUACGAGAAUUCUUUGAUUGACGAUGUAGGCGAAAACGCCAACGAAGAAAUUAAAGCUGCUAAAUGGGAGCAAUUUCGACAUCGCAGUGCCGAUGUCGCCAGAUGCUGGGCCAAGUAUGGGAUCCUGCUGAUGAGCAUGUCCAGGGAUCGUUUGAUUGAACGUGCUGAUAAUGUUGAUGAUGAGAAAGAACCCAAAGAAGACAAUAAAGCUGAAGACGCUGUGGACAUCGAAACACUGGAGAGCAUGAAAUUUACAAAGCUCGAGGUACCUAUCCAGUCGAUCGCUGAGCAAGUGACUGAUCAAUACUUGCUAGAUUUUAACGAUGCUAAAAAAAUUUUCCUCAACGUCCAGCAGUGGCUAGAUCAAGCUAAAAAAUUCUACGCUUUAGAAACUCAUGCUUCGGACUAUGUUUACAUCAUGCAGGACAUGUCGCAAGCUUAUAAAUACUUGACGUUUUUUGAGGAAGAUGAAGAUCGUCAGGCAAAAAUGCAUAAGCGACGAAUAGACAUCCUGGAACAUGUUAUCAAAGAACUUAAUCCGCGAUACUAUCAAUCAGAGUGUCGGCAGCUUUGGAUCGAGCUUGGAGAAACUUAUUCAGCGAUCCUGGACAUUAAGUUAGAUAAACUUCGGGCGUCUGAUGAUCGGCCUACACCUCAUGUUUUAACAAAAAUAAAUCAUCUAAGUAGAUCUGCUAUUAAGUAUUACCAAACUUUCUUGGAUUCGCUCAAAGAAUCGGAAUCUUCGGCACCGCUUAAAGAAUUUCCUGAAGAAUUGGUUCGUCCCGCUCUGUUCGCUUACUUUCACUUGGGAACGCUGUACAAUAAAUUGAUAACGCCGGAUAAAAAUGCGCAAAUUGAAAAUAUCAUGAACAGCAUCAAUGCUUACAACUUCUUCGUCGAGUAUUGCAAUUCUCAUCCAGAUGCUGCUGAAUUCAUGAAGGUUGAGUUGAAUGUUUGUAAAGAUCUCGCAAAUUUAUUGCCGCUUAAAUUAAAUAAACUCAAGCAAACUAUGUCAGAACCAUGAAAUUAAUUUUUUUUUUAUUUUUUAUUUGUUUUUUGAAAAUUUUUUUCUCAAUACAAUGUUCAAACACGGUAAGCUUUCUACUGUGCUUUAUUCGCACACAUAUGUGAUAUAAUCUUAAUUUUUUUAUGUAAAAAAUUUUAAUGAUUAAGCAUUAUUAAUUAAUAAUAUAAAUGUAAAAUGAAUAUUUUGUGAAACGACAGAAUACUAACAUUGUUAAGGAAAAAAAAAAAAAUAAUAAUAAUAAUAAUAAAUGAU